CCUAGUGACAUCUUUCAUUAAACGAACAUUACUAUUUCUAUUUCUUUUCAAUUGGCAUAUUAUAUCCGGCUUACAGAAAUUUUGGCGAGUAGACAGUUGUUGCAUCAAUCUGACAAUCUGUAACGAGUCAAGGUAUAUUUAAUAAUAUUUAAGCAAUAUAUAAUCAACAUGCAGAUCAACCUGAUAUUUACUUACAUCUUUGUUGUUGAAUAUAUCAUCUAAGCCCUAAAUAAUGGAGAAAUCAGCAUUAGCACAAGAGAAGGUAUGGUUUGACAAACCAUCCUAUGACAAGGCAGAACGACUAUAUUUUGAAAGAAUGGCCAAGGUGGUGUCUCAUAAGAUCAUGGAAAGCUGCUCGCUUAAAUCUGAAGUUUCUCUAACUAAUAAUUGUCAUGAUAAUUCAUUUCUGAAUAAUAACUCUUUGACUAAAACUAAAUCUGAAAAAUUUAAAGACAAUAAGUUAUUGAUCUCUGAGAAUAUUUCAAAUGAUGUAAAAAAUUCUAAAUGUCAAAUAAAAACAUUAAAGAUAAAUAAAGAUGAAGAUGAAUUAAAUAUACAAGAAAAAGAAAAUAUAGAAGAAAAGCAAAAAUCUGAUAAUGUCAAAAAUGAUUUAAAAGAAAAAGAGAAAGAAACUAGUCCUUCUAAUGAUGCAUCUAAAAAAUAUAAUACGAAAGAAGUAAAAGAAAAAAAGAAUAAAGCAGAUACAAGAAAUAGAAAUAGAAAACAUAAAAAUGAUACUAAGGAAGUAAAAGAAAAUGUUACUCCAUUAAUAAGGAAUAAGCAGCAGUUACCUAUUCAGGGAAAUCAACAAACUACUAGUCCAAUUCUAUCUGCUGGUGGAAGUUUAGCCAAUGAGGUUGCCAAGGCUCGUCAACAUAUUAAACAGUCUUUACAGUGUAUGGAUGACAUUGCAGCUGUUGCUGGUUUUGCUACUCCCAAUGAAAAUAAAAAAGAUAUUCUAGAUUCUAGUGUCUUCCAAGAAUUGAAAAAUACUGUUGAAAAAUUGGAGGAACGUGUCAAAGCUCUUGAAAUCAAGAUUCGUACUUUUGUACCUGCUGAUCCAAUAGCAGUUUGUCCUGCUAAACCUCAACCAGCUUCAAAACCAACACAAGAAAAAGCUGAUGAUGAUGAAGAUGUUGAUCUUUUUGGUUCAGAUUCAGAGGGAGAAGAUGCAGAAGCUGCAAAACUUAGAGAAGAAAGACUGGCUGCAUAUGCUGCAAAGAAAGCUAAAAAGCCAGCCUUAAUUGCUAAAUCAAAUAUAAUAUUGGAUGUAAAACCGUGGGAUGAUGAAACGGAUAUGAAAGCCAUGGAAGAAGAAGUUCGAAAGAUUGAAACUGAUGGACUUUUAUGGGGAGCGUCAAAACUUGUUCCGCUUGCCUUUGGAAUUCACAAACUUCAAAUUUCGUGUGUUGUUGAAGAUGACAAAGUUUCUGUAGAUUGGCUUACAGAACAGAUUCAAGAUAUCGAAGAUUAUGUACAAAGCGUAGAUAUUGCAGCCUUUAAUAAAGUAUAAAAUAUUAACGAAGCUUUCUUCGUAGAAAAAUAUCUGACGGUUCUAAUUGCAACCAGGCAUUGGUCUGUUGUGCCAUCAUUUCAUUCCAUUAGCAAUAUCUACUUUGAUAAAUACAUGUUCUAUCACUAAAAAGGACUGUCUAAAAAUAAAAAACAUAGCGCUAUUGUACUCCAAUUUUAAUAUUCGAUGUCAAUUUAUCAAUCGUUUUUAAAAUAUUCAAGCAAAUUUUUAAAUUGUGGUUGUAUGAUCAAUAUAUUCUUUAUAAAGAAAAAAAUAUAAACCAUAAAUGUUUUAAACGUAAUUCAAUGUAUAAAAUUUAAUGUAACAUCAUAUAGGUAUUUCAUUUGCUAUCAUAAUGCUAUUCAUUAAUAAUAUAGGUAUGUAAUACCUAUUAUUAGUAUCAUUUUUAAUUGUUUGUUUUGGAGUAUUGUUAAUAAAUAAAAAAUAAAAAUAA